AUGACUGGAUACCCUGACGUAGCCGCCUUUGAUUUGGAUUACACAGUUUGGCCCUGCUAUUGCGACACUCAUUUGCACGGUCCCUUUAAGCCAGUGAAAAGUAGAAAUGGCGAAGUUCUCACAAUUAUAUGCAGAGAUGGUUACGAGCUCACAAUCUACAAAGAUAUUCCACGUAUAUUAAGUGAUUUGAAGGAUAAUGAAGUCAAGCUAAUGACCGCAUCACGAACAUGGGCCCCUGAAAUUGCCCAGGAAAUACUGAAAAUAUUCAAAGUUAAGUAUGGUGGUGUCUUAACUCCGUUGGCCAACCUCUUCGAUGAAUUUCAAUGGGGAGAAAGAAGUAAAAUUGGUCAUUUGAGGGACGGUUUGAAAGAUCUUUAUAACACCAGUGAUUUGAGGUCCAAAAAGAUUUGCUUAUUCGAUGAUGAAAGUAGAAACAAAGAAGUGGAGGAAUACGGCGUCAAAUUUGUUUAUGUAAGAGACCCAGAAAAUGGCCCGUCUUGGAAACUUUAUCAAGAUUACCUGAGUGGAAAGAUUUGA